UACACUACCAAACAAUCCCAAGCCCACUAUCAAUCAAGCAUAAACCAAGGAGCUGAGCUGCUUGGUACUUGUGAAGUGUGUAUGGGGAAGAAGGAAGGCGAUCUCUGGGACGAUUCCGCCCUCCUCAACGCCUUCGACGAUGCCAUCUCCAAGUACAAAAUAAUGCAUGGCAGAGGACAGAAUGAUAGUUCCAAGGAAGGGGAAAAGGGUAUGUGUAACACUGGAGAAAGUUUAUCAACCCUUGUUGUUGGAAGUCACAAUGCUGCAAGACAUGCGCAGGCAGGUGAUAACAACAAUGUUGCAUCAAAUACCACAACAGAGCUGGGAGAAACUAAUGAUCUUCCGCAAAAUAAAACAAAUCAUGUUGUGGACUCAUUUACCCAGGAACCUAAUGUAGAUUUGUCAUAUGCACAACACACGCAAGAUACACUCCAACACUAUUCAAAUACACAAGGUGCAGGAGAUUAUACUCAAUUGCUGAACCAAUAUUAUGAGCUUGAGGAGCAGAGGCAAAAGAUUCUGCAGCAACUUCAGCAGUUUGGCAGUUGGGAUUACCAAGGUUCUGGUUCUAAUGUACAGUGGGGUACCAGCUCUGCUUCUCUGGAACAUCCAGUCCCUACAAGCCAAGCUUCUUACCCAGCUGUUGUCUCUUCAUAUUGCCCAUAUGGUUGUCAGUGUCUGGUGGCUCCAUGUUCUCUUGGUGGCACUUGUGCUGGCAAAACUUGUGAUGCAACUUCAGGAAUAGAUCAUAAUGGAAAGUUAACUUCUUCUGAAAAUGGCGAUAUUAUCAAAACAGCAUUGGGUGCUGCAGAAAGUGCACUUUCCUCCUUGAAGAUAAAAACUUCUGAGAAAGGGGAAGAGAGGCAUGAAGGACAAUUGGAAAAAAGUGCCAUAAGUGAAACAGACCUUACUGUUGUCUUUAAUGCUUGGUAUUCGGCAGGCUUCUACACUGGCAAGUAUCUUGCAGAGCAGUCUAUUGCAAAGAAACGGCAUAGCUAGGCAUUCGACUGCAUUGUCAAACGGAGGCAAUGAAGAGUUCGAUACGUAUAAUGAAGAGUUUGUUACAUCUGUGCAUAUGCACAAUGAAGAGUUCAAUGCACCCAUAAGCUUUUUGUUACAGCAUAUGGAAAUUGAAACCAUCGAGUGUGUUAUGGCCUUUGCACAAACAAAUCUAGAUCUUCUGCUUUUUAUAAAUGGACGAUGAUGUCUAAAUAUGACUUGAUCAACGGCCAUUGCAUAAAAAACAAAAUUCAAAUCUAGAUCUUUUGCUUUUUAUGAAUGGACAAUGAUGUCGAAAUAUGACUUGAUCAACAGGCUUUUGUAGUUUUGUUUCAUGCGAAGCUUCUCAGCAGGUUCAUGUACUUUGAAGGAUUCCCUGGAAAAAGGGGUCCCUUGGACAAAGGAUCCGGAUUUACCAUCUUAA